AAAUAAUUAACACAAUUGAUUCAAAUUUUAAGAGGCCCGUGUAUAAAAAUCCCCGUGUCCUCCCGUUAUAGCGUAAAACUGCAGCAUUUGUAUCGGGUCAGCCUCUAACCAAGAUCUGCCCUUUCUUUCUUCUUCUCCACCACUUCGAAGUUCUGAUUCCGUUCGUGCUGAAAAAUGGGUUUGUCAUUCACCAAGCUUUUCAGCCGGCUGUUCGCCAAGAAAGAAAUGCGAAUUCUCAUGGUAGGUCUUGAUGCUGCCGGUAAAACCACCAUAUUGUACAAACUCAAGCUUGGAGAAAUUGUGACAACUAUUCCUACAAUCGGUUUCAAUGUGGAAACAGUGGAAUACAAGAACAUCAGCUUCACCGUCUGGGAUGUUGGGGGUCAGGACAAGAUCCGACCAUUGUGGAGGCAUUACUUCCAGAACACUCAAGGCCUGAUUUUCGUCGUUGACAGUAAUGAUCGGGAUCGUGUUGUUGAGGCGAGGGAUGAACUGCACAGGAUGUUGAAUGAGGAUGAACUUAGGGAUGCAGUGCUUCUUGUUUUUGCAAACAAACAAGAUCUUCCAAAUGCAAUGAAUGCUGCUGAGAUUACUGACAAGCUUGGACUUCAUUCCCUCCGUCAACGCCAUUGGUACAUCCAGAGCACCUGUGCAACCUCCGGUGAAGGUCUGUACGAGGGGCUUGACUGGCUCUCCAACAACAUUGCUAACAAGGCAUAAGAAAAGACGCGUUGGGAGAAUUUAGGUAACUCAAACCUCGACGUUGUCUAUUUGAUGAUGUCCCUUCUUAUCUUUUUUAUUUUUUAAAUUAAAUCGGAUGUUAAAGAAUAGUUAUGUUUUCUCUAGUUAUGUUUUCUCUACACACAGAUGGUCAUCUCCAUUUGAGGAGAUUGGAUUUGCUUUUCAGCUCUCAGUAUCACUUGUGUUUUAAUUUUCUAUGAUGGUAUUAUUAUUAUUAAGCAUUUGUUCAGAAGCUGCUGUUUUUCGUAGUCAGAGUUGUUGCGUUUUAUAAAAUUGAGGUCUUGAUGGCCCAUUAUUAUCCUACACUAUAGAAUGAGACUACAUCAUUUUUAUUAUUUUUAAAGAUUCUCAUAUACACUGUUUUUGUAAACGAAUAUUUUGAACUAAAAC